AUGCAGCAUGAUAUAUACAGUCUCGGAGUAUGCCUGCUCAAGAUUGGAUUCUGCGUUGGAGAUAGCUGGCUGGCCACCAGCCUUGCAAGGUCUAGCGUCUCAUCAUUCUGGGUGUCUCUGGUGAGUGGCGAGGGCCACGCAAGCACCUUACUGGCUGGGUUCGACUGUGAUGAUCCUUCGGCAUUCGCUGGAGACAGCUCGCUUAAGGAUCAUUCUAUGGCGCUAGCGAAGGAACAACUCCCGAUCCGGAUGGGAAAGAUGGACACCCAGGUAGUUGUGAACUGGUUAUCUUGCAUGGAUGAGAUGAGUGAAGAGUUCAGCAAUAAAAGCGAAUUUGAGGAUGCUGAUGACAUCUUGAUUGGGGUCAAAUAUGUCGAGAAGGUAAUUGCCGUUGUUCAUACAGUAAAGGUUUGA